CCAGGUGAGGCCACACUCAGAUUGAUGGAGUGGUGCUCUAUCCUAAUGCUCUCUGCUUCCCUUGUGUCAUCUUGCAAAUUUGAAACCUGCAAGGCAGUGCACGAAGGUGGGAAGGCAAGGACCGCCAGAGAGUUUGGACUAGGCCUACUUCUGUUCUGGUAAAACUGCAUGCUCAUUCUGGUCACAACACGAACAUAGCAAGCUGCCUUCUACCGAUCCCAUUCACCUAGUUUGUCAUUUUCCAAACUGACUGCCAGCAGCUUUCCGGGGGUUCAGGCAAGGGACUCUCCCAUCUCUGCCCAGAGAUGCAGGAAUCGAACCUGUGACCUGCACACAAAGCCAAUGCUCUACCACAGAGUCAUGGCUGUUGUGCCUUGAGGAAUGAAUCAAAAUAGGCAGCCUGGUUGUGAAACUAAGAACCGUUCAGACCCCGUGCUGUCCUUAAGCUCCUGUUCAUGGUUCCCAAGUCCACAAACCUUCAUCCCCUCACCCUUGCACUGCAGGGGGUUGGGCUAGAUGACCCUUGGGGUCCCUUCCAACUCCACCGUGCUUUGAUUCUAUGACCUCUACCCUUCCUAGCUCACUGAGCACCCCAGAGGUAAUUCAGGGACAGUGCCCUGGCUCUGGGAGCGGCUGGUGGGGUGGCAGUCGUGCCACCAGGUCUGCAGAUGCAAUACGAGGAAAUUCCCGAAUCCUUAUCUCCUGCUGAUCCAACUAUAAAUACAGACGCAGGCAGGGAAGCUGGCCUACUCAAGAGGAGCCGAUAGCCUGCAGAGCUAGUGCCUCCCUGAGUCCGUUGCACCAUGAAGCUUCUUGCUGUUCUCCUCAGCUUGGCCGCCGUCAUAGGUUCUUCUUCAAGUGAUGAAGCCGCCAGCACCUCCCUGACUUGGAAGCAGAUCCUCAGCCCCUUUGAGAGUUUCAAGCUGCCUGAGGAGAUCAGCACCCAGGCCGCCGACAGAUUCAACAGAGUCCAAAGCCACCUGGUGGAUCUGAAGGACCAGCUUCUGCCGGCCCUCCAAAAGGUGACGGAGGACCUGCAGGAGCUGAAUCGGAAGGUGCAACCUUUCGCAGAAGCUGUGGACCAGAAGUUGCGGAGUGGCAUCAGCAAAGUGCAGGAGCAUGUGGCCCCUUACACCGAGAAGCUGCGGGAGCAGGCAGAGCAGCGGAUGGAGACCUUGCAGCAGACCCUGGCCACCGGCAGGGAGAAGCUGACACAGAACGUGGAGGAUAUUCGAGCCCAGCUGGGGCCUCUUGUGGAGGACGUGAAGACCAAACUCCAACAGCAGACCCAGGAGUUGCGCCCCGCCAUCCAGCGACUUCACGGCAAUCUCAGGCAGACCUACGAAAGCUUGCAAGACUGCGCUGAAGACUUCCAAGCUUGUCUGGCCAAGAUCAUGCUGCAGCCCCAGUGAGAACCCGGUCUAUCAACCCAGGGGUGGUGAGCAGCAGGAUAAGGAUGGAGCGAGUCUGGCCUUUGUGCUGGAAAUUCUCAGACAGGCGCCUAGCAAAGGUUGAAGUUGCUGAAGAGCCACACUCUCCCUGACUCUCCUUAUGCCUGUAAACAUCCCCUGAAUGGAGCAAUAAAAGAUUGAGCCUUU